AUGGCACGCGGUCGAUCAUCGGGAGCAAGCGGAUCUAAGGUGAAGUCACCAAAGAAGACCAAAUCUCCACGAAGAAAGGGGACCAAGAAAGAUCCAAAUGCUCCAAAGCGUGCGAAGUCAGCGUAUAUGUUUUGGCUGGCCGAAAACCGCGCCCGUCUUACAAAGCCAGGCAUGUCGGUUGUUGACGUCACGAAGGCGGCGGGAGUGGAAUGGAAAAAGGUGAAGGACAAGACCAAGUACGAGAAGAUGGCCGCCCAGGACAAACUGCGCUACAAUAACGGCGAUCUCGUAAAUUUUUUUUUGUUAACGUGA